GCAGCCCGGAGUUAUCAACCAUUUGAAUAAACGCUGGAUUCAAGUGCUGAGUGGUGGUUAACGGUCUGGCGAUAGUAGCAAAACAAGAUAAGAACUUCGCUAGGCAUAUCGCCUUCUCUCUUCAAUGAAAUAUUGAUUUUACUCGUCGGACAUCAACAUGAAUCAGAAAACAUAACUUUUACAGAGUUUCUCAUCAGGACGCAGCGCAUUGCUCUUUUCCAAACGGAUAUUCUACAACGGUGUGAUGAAGCACUGAGAUUUUACACCAUAAGUACUUUGUACCAACAUGUCUAAACCAAUGGAUCACGUAAAACGACCGAUGAAUGCCUUCAUGGUUUGGUCCAGAGCGCAGAGAAGAAAAAUGGCUCAGGAGAACCCAAAAAUGCACAACUCCGAAAUCAGCAAAAGAUUGGGAGCGGAGUGGAAACUUCUCACUGAGUCGGAGAAAAGGCCAUUCAUUGACGAAGCUAAACGACUGAGAGCCAUGCACAUGAAGGAACACCCUGACUAUAAAUACAGACCUAGGCGAAAGCCAAAGACUCUGAUGAAAAAAGACAAGUUUGCCUUCCCAGUGCCCUACAAUCUUGGGGAGCACGACGCGCUUAAAGUUAGCGGUUUAUCUCAUGGAGCACUUUCCGAACACCUAUUAGGGAACCCGGACAAGGCGGCAGCGGCGGCCGCAGCAGCGAGAGUCUUUUUCAACCCGUCCAUGUCCACGAACCCCUAUUCAUUUUUUGAGCUCGGAUCGAAGAUGUCAGAGCUAUCCUCGCCCUCGUUUCCUUACCCAUCUCUGGGCUACCCUGGUGGCACGGCUUUCUCUGGAACUGGCGGUAUCGGUGGAACUCACACCCACACUCACUCUCAUCCAGCCCCGGGUAACCCAGGCUACAUGAUCCCCUGUAACUGUACGGGCUGGCCCUCUGCGGGUCUCCAGCCACCGUUAGCCUACAUCCUACUCCCCGGGAUGGGCAAACCUCAACUUGACUACCCUGCAUAUGCAGCGGCAUUAUGAUAGCCUAUUGGACUUAGGAGAAGUUUAAAUGUGAAAAAAAUAUUCAUGCAGAGUUUAUUAUGCAUGCACAAACUUGUACAUGUGAUAAAGUGCUCGUCGUCUCAGAUAUCACAUGUGUAUGUAUAUUGAUUAAUGCCUUUAUCUAAGGUAGGGCCUAAUGCUUAUUUAGAGAACUCUCGAAACUAAUAUUCAUCUGUCAAAUCCCAGAGGGACAGAACCAAAGGAUGGCAGGAAUACAGAGAGCAAAGGGCCCUUGUCAAUGUGAAUACUCAUUUGAAAGGCACCAUGUCUGUUGCUAAAGCACCUGCUUCACUGGCUUGUUAUCCAGUAGGCAGUUUACGACAUCACACAACAAAUCAGAUAUAAACAGGAACUGGUCAUACUUAUCUUCAUAUAUUUUAUCUGAUAAUUAAAUAUGGUUUAAGAAAUAUAAAUCACUUGCUUUUAUGUGAUUUAUAUAACAUAACAUAAACAUAUGCCAUUUAGCAGACGCUUUUAUCCAAAGCGACUUACAGUCAUGCGUGCAUACAUUCUACGUAUGGGUGGUCCCGGGAAUCGAACCCACUACCCUGGCGUUACAAGCGCCAUGCUCUACCAACUGAGCUACAGAAGGACCACUAUGGUUGGUCAAGAAGGAUUGUUAAUUUCUUGUGCUUCUGGCUACGCUCGUGUUGCUUUAUUGUUUCAAUCAGAACGACAUAAGCCUGUAAAUGUGUACAGAUAGCCUAAAUGAUGGUCAUAUUUAAUUUGCCAUUUGGCUAGUAUUUGAGAUGGGGUCUGGAACUGACUGGGUGGUUUGGCUCAAAAUCCAGUUGAUAUUUUAAGUUUUCAAACACUGUUUUAUAUAUGUCUGUAAUAUUUAUUGUUUAGUGGGAAUCAUUAUGCUGACCCGGUUGAUUGAACAGUGAACAUACCUUGUCCUGUAACAUUUGCACAGGAAAUAUUAAGUGCUUAUGGGAUGUCAUUUAUUUAAAAGAAUCACACUGCCAAGUAUGACGAGCCUAAAAGUUGGUUUUUAAUUCGACAACGAUCGGUAUCCUUUCUUUCAACAUUGGCAAUUCACCAAAUUGUCAUUUAUUAUUUUUGGUUUCUUGAGACCUUCGCAUUUAUGUGCGUACGGUGCAGCACUCGUUUUUACUAACUCUUAAUUAAUUCAGUUGUAUGUUUUGUGUUUUAUUUAAACACCACUUACAUGUACUUUAAACUCGUAAAUGCUAUUAUGUUCAUUUGUUGAACAAAGGGUUAUAAUAAAGCUAUUGCGGACAAACAGAAAGAA